AUAAGUGCUGAGAUAUAAUUUAAUCCUCAUUCUCUAUAAAAACUCCGCAUUACCAAGAAUUUACAAACAACUCAUCACCAUCAUCAACAAAUCCAGAAUCGAGGGGGAGAGAUUUAGAUUUUGACGAAAAGGGUUGAGAAAAUGGGCGAUCUGGAGACUGAAAAGCCACUGAAGAAGAUCGCAGAAGCCUUUAAAGAACUAGAGGCAACAAUAAAAUCUCAAACCCAAGAAGUUGAAGUGGCACCAUUUUCUCAUGCUUGUUCUCUCGUUUCUCCUCUCUUCGGUUGCUUAGGUAUCGCUUUUAAAUUCGCCGAAAUGGAUUAUGUCGCCAAGGUGCAUGAUCUUGCAGAGGCAUCAAAAUCGAUUGGUACAUUGCAAAGUGUGUUAGAUAAGGAUGUAGAAAGGAAUUCUGUGAGAAAAGGUGGGAGUCAUUCAAGAAAUCUUUUGAGAGUAAAGCGUGGUCUUGAUAUGGUCAGGGUGUUGUUUGAGCAGAUUAUGGUUACAGAGGGAAAUUCUUUGAAGGGCCCUGCUUCGAAGGCUUAUGCACAGGUAUUUGCUCCCCAUCAUGGGUGGGCAAUUAGAAAAGCUGUUGCUGCAGGGAUGUACGCCCUUCCUACUAAAGCACAACUUUUAAAGAAGCUAAAUGAAGAUGAAAGCUCGGCAAUAAUUCAAAUGCAGAUUUAUGUUGCUGCAUCUGCGCCAGUCAUAAUGUAUGUUGACAAACUCUUCCUCUCCAGAGAAUUGGGUAUAGAUUGGUGAACAAUGUAAUUCCACUGAAAUCCUAUUUAUUGUGAUUGUCCUUUUCAUUUUCCUCUGGUAAAAAAAGAAAAAAAAACGUUAAUAUUCUUGCAGGUGGCAUAAACUAAUGUUUUAUUGAAUUGCUCAUGCAAUGGUAUGAGGGUGUCAAACAGCUAUAUCUGGAGCCGAGUUGUUAUUACUCUGUAGCUAUAUCUAUCGUUCAAUUUUUCCGAAAGAUUACAAAUUCAAUGAUAUCUUUUGGGUGCAA